AUGUACGUUACGUUGAAUCUGAAACAGACAGCUACGCUGUCUGGUCGGAUUUUGGCAAGUUACUGUAAUUUGAGUUUACACUUGCGCUUGAAAAUGCCACCCAAGCCUGAUCCACGCUGGAGGAGAAAGAAGGACGAAGCACUUAAAAGAUACAGGAGAAAGCGCUGCCAUCAGUCCCAGGACAUCCCAGAAUCAGCAAAUCAUGGACCUUAUGCCAAUGAAGAGGACCCAGUUUUUGAGUUGGCUCCUUGUCCCCCAACACCUGUGCUCCCUUCAUCGUCAGAUAAUGCUGCUGUGACUGUUGCGACUGCAAUGACUACGGAGACUGAUGAGACGGACUCAGCAUCUCAUCUAAUUGACACACCAGAUCACCUCUCGGACUAUGAUGAACUUUUGGAUGAGAAUUUCAAUACAUGCAAUGAGGAGAGUGCCGAUGAGAAUGUGGAUUUUAACACUGGCACAGAUUCGAAAGACGGGCCUCUUUACGCUAAUGCACCCCUUUCUGUAGCAGAAAGCCUGAUUCUUAUUAUGACCUUUGCAAAAAGACACAAACUAACAGGAGUGAUGCGGUUGCUGAUGUGCCUGUGGUUUUCUACAGAGUAUUCUUGA